CCAAUAAUGAGCAAUAAUAAUGUACGUUUUAACCUUUUUGAGCUACUGUUCUACAGCAUCUGAAGACAGAAAUAUGAAUAGGUGAAAGUGAAACUAACUUUACUGCAGUCUCUUUCCUAUGUAAGUGCACUACAGAGAGGAUAAAUUACUGCUAGUAUGUUGCUCUGUGCGUGAUUAAGUGCAUUAGAAAAUAAAGAAAACAUAAUGCAGCAAAAGGAUAGAUUACAGAAGUUUAAAUUUGCGAGUCAGAUUCCAACGAGUCGACUCAGUCCCAAACGACUCAUCACAUGUAAUGAAUCUUUCCUCCUAAAAUGAAAGUGUCUCUCUCUCGGACUCGACUCCAGUUUGUGCAGGGUUGGAAGAGUAAAAACAAAAGCUUCAACGCCAGGCAGAAACGGUUAAGUUAAUGUCACACAACAAGCACUGGUGACUAAAGGGUCGCGGGGGAACCUGGAGCCUAUCCCAGGGAGCAUCAGGCACAAGGAGUGCAAUCCAUUCUAGCAGAAGAGUCUUCAGGCUCUUCUCAGACUCUUCAGGACUCAGCUGUGUGUUUGUACAAAGUUUAAUAAUCAAAGAUGGAGAGUCCUGAUCUGGACACAGAUAAUGUUUCCCCACCAUCAAAAAACAGUAAACUCCAGGGAAAGAGAUCAGAAUCACCAGCACCCAGCUGUAUCUCCAUGAAGAGUGAUCAGUCUAUGGAGCCUCCUCUGAAGUUUAAAGAUGGAGACUUCUCACUUCUACACAGUGUUCUACAGAAUGCAGGAGACAGAAUAGAAAAGAUCAUCAUCACAGAUACAGGGCAUGACACAGAAUCUGCUGCUGUGAAAGAAUUCCAGAAAAAGUUCAAAUUAAAUCUGAUGAAGAAGUUUCAGAGUUUGAAUGGAGUGAUCAUAAACCUGGGAAACCAAACACUCCUGACUGAGAUCUACACAGAGCUCUACAUCACAGAGGGAGACAGUGGAGAAGUCAAUAAAGAACAUGAGGUGAGACAGAUCGAGACAGCAUCCAGGAGAACAACAACAGAGGACACACCAAUCAAAUGCAAUGACAUCUUGAAGCCCUUAUCUGAACAAGAUGAACCCAUCAGAACUGUGCUGACAAAGGGAGUCGCUGGCAUCGGAAAAACGGUCUCUGUGCAGAAGUUCAUUCUGGACUGGGCUGAAGGGAAAGCAAAUCAGGACAUCCACUUCAUAUUUUCACUUCCUUUCAGAGAGCUGAAUUUGAUGAAGGACCAGAAACUGAGUCUGAUGGAGCUCCUUCAUGUCUGUUUUAAUGAAACAAAAGAAACAGAAAUGUCCAGUUUGGAAAAAGUUCUGUUCAUUUUUGAUGGAUUGGAUGAGUAUCGUUUUCCUCUAGAUUUCCAGAACACAGUGAGAGUGUGUGAUGUUACCGAAUCAGUAUCAGUGCAUGCACUGCUGAUAAACCUGAUCAAAGGGAAUCUGCUUCCCUCUGCUCUCAUCUGGAUCACCUCCAGACCAGCAGCAGCUGAUCAAAUCCCCUCUGAGUGUGUCCAUCGAGUCACAGAGAUACGAGGGUUCAAUGACCCACAGAAGGAGGAGUACUUCAGGAAGAGAAUCAGUGAUCAGAGCCUGGCCAAUAACAUCAUCACACACCUGAAGUCAUUAAGAAGCCUCUACAUCAUGUGCCACAUCCCAGUCUUCUGCUGCAUUUCAGGCACUGUUCUAGAAAGAACAUUGGGUGAAGAAGAGAGUGGAGAGAUCCCCAAGACUCUGACUCAAAUGUACACACACUUCCUCAUCAUUCAGACAAACAUCAUAAGAGAAAAGUACUCAAAGAAACAGGAAAGUGAUGAAGAAAUGCUUCUUAAACUGGGACAACUGGCUUUUCAGCAACUGAAGAAAGGGAACCUGAUCUUCUAUGAGGAAGACCUGAGAGAGUGUGGUAUUGAUGUGAGAGAAGCAGCAGUGUACUCAGGUGUGUGUACGCAGAUCUUCAGAGAGGAGUUUGGGCUUCACCAGAGUAAAGUGUACUGCUUUGUUCAUCUGAGCAUUCAGGAGCACCUCGCAGCUCUGUAUGUGCACCUGACAUUCAUGAUGGAAAAGAGAAAUGUUCUUAAUCAGAAUCAGUCUUCAAAACUGCAGUUGACAAAUGGUACAAUCUCAGAUGUACACAAGAGUGCUGUAGUUCAGGCCUUAAAAAGUCAGACUGGACAUCUGGAUCUUUUCCUUCGCUUUCUUCUGGGUCUCUCACUGACAUCCAAUCAGAAACUCUUGCAUGCCUUAGUAACUCAGAGCGGAAGUAGCUCCCAGAGCAUAGAGGAAACAGUUCAGUAUAUUAAGAAGAAGAUCAGUAAAGAUCUCCCUACAGAGAAAUCCAUCAAUCUGUUCCACUGUCUGAAUGAACUGGGUGAUAAUUCUCUAGUGGAGGAAAUCCAACACUACCUGAAAUCUGGAAAACAAAGUAAACUCUCUUCUUCACAGUGGUCUGCUCUGGUGUUUGUGUUACUGACAUCAGCACAGGAGCUGGAACAAUUUGACCUGAGUAAUUAUACCAGUACAGAUAAGAUAACAGAAACUGUUCUUCUGAAGGUGAUGCCUGUGAUUGCAGCCUCCAGAAAAGCAAUUGUCAAGUGUGAUCUACUUAAAAUGAGAAGUUGGACAGCUCUGGUCUUGGCGUUAAGCUCAGAAACCUCCAAUUUGAGAGAACUGCAUCUGACUCUGAAUACACUGGUUCUGACUGGAAAUAAUCUAGGAAACUCAGGAGUGAAGUGUCUCUCUGCUGUAAUGGAGAAUCCUCACUGUAAAUUGGAGACAUUGGGGUUGUGUAAGUGUAGUGUCUCAGAUGAAGACUGUGCUGUCCUGAUGUCAGCUCUGAGAUCAAACCCCUCACACCUGAGAGCUCUGGAUCUGUCCUAUAAUAAUGUAGGAGACUCAGGAGUGAAGAGUCUCUCUGCUGUACUGGAGAAUCCACACUGUAAACUGGAGAAACUAUGGUUGCAUAAGUGUGGAGUCUCAGAUGAAGGCUGUGCUGCUCUGACUUCAGCUCUGAGAUCAAACCCCUCACACCUGAGAGAACUGGAUCUGUACUUUAAUAAUGUAGGAGACUCAGGAGUGAGGAGUCUCUCUGCUGUACUGGGGAAUCCUCAAUGUAAACUGGAGAUACUUGGGUUGCGUGAUUGUGGUGUCUCAUAUAAAGGCUGUGUUGCUCUGGCUUCAGCUCUGAGAUCAAACCCUUCACACCUGAGUAAACUGGAUUUGUCUAAUAAUAAAAUAGGAAACUCAGGAAAGAAACUACUCUCUGCUCUUAAAGUUGAUGAACAUUACAGACUACAGUUACUGAGGAUGUGGUGAACAUCUGUGUGUGUGAUGAAGACUCCGGUGUUCCUGCAUUUCACUGUUGGGGAAUAGAGAAGACGUUCAUAAACACAUCACUCAUUUAAUUAUAACAUGUUAAACAGAUUCAGAGAUGUGAGAAGUGUGUGUUCAUCGUGCACAGUGAAUCAGACUGCACACAUUUCUACACUGAUUGUAUAACGAACUCUGACGCCUGGAUAAAAUACCGUGGACCUCAAUCCAAUAAAAAACCUGAGGGAUUAUUUGGAGCAGCAGGUGAAAAAGCACAUGAACACAAGCUGAACCCAGUCAGUGGAAGAGAGAGCGAAAAUGGACAGUUUCAAGACAUUCAGGAAUUCUCACCUGACAGGAUUGGCAUCUGACAAACAUUUAUUCCUUUGUUUAAUUAAUGUCCCAGUGCUGUUUUACUAAAUGUCAGCACUUCUGGAAGACCACUUGUCUAAUAAAAAUUAGUGGACCAAAACUAACUGUUGUAUAAUAUAGUUUUGACAGUUUGUGAUUUUUCUGUUUGUCAUAGUAAAUUAUUUUAUUUUACAAGAUUACAGUAAAUAGCAUUCUUGGAAAGCCACUUGUCCAAUCAAAUUAGUGGUUCAGAACUAACUGUAUUGACAGUUCAUGUGAUUUUUCGGUGUUUGUGAUUAGUAUUUGUUUAGUAUUGUAAUAUGUUUAAUUUUCAUUUACACUGAAUAUUUAUAGCUGUAUUAUAUAGCUGUUUUGCUGGAUACAGAACUAAUUAUAUUGUAUUUAGGUACUUACAAUGUCUUGCAUAAUUGUAUCACAUUUUACAUUUUCUAUCAUUUUAUAUAAUACAUUUUGCAGAAAUUAAGUAUACACAAAACAAUUUCAUUAUUUUUGUUGUUUAAAAUUAACUUGAGCAUUUAUCAUGAAUGAAACAGUUGAAGAGUUCUUCAAAAGUAAAUUUAUGUCUAACAACAAAAUAUAGGCUUUUGUUACUGUCACGAUUUCCCCUUGUGCAAAGUGCUGGAGCAUGCGCUCCGAAGA